GAGGCCCCGCCCCUACGAGGAUCGUGACCAGAGGCCCCGCCCCGGAAAGGCUCCGGGCCAAUCAGCGAGCGCGAGCGGCGGCCUGAGCGGCGGCCCAGAUGUCGGAGCGCGAGGCGACGCGACCGCUGUUGGGACUCGCGGGGCCGCGGGCCGCCGAGUGCGGGGACCGUGGGGGCCGCGGGGGCCGGAAGGGUGAGCGAGCCCCGGGAGCCUGUGUCCUUCACCUCCACCCUCACCCGCUCGGCUGUCCACUCACCCGCUCAGCUGCUUCCUCAACCUGCCCCGGGGGGCCCCGCCCCUCCCCAGACGGGGACGCAGAGCCGCUCGACGACGACGAUGGCUGCUCCCACGAGGAGGCGCUCGAGCACACCGGGUUUGGCCGUUUCCACGCCUGGCUUCUGGUGGCCUGCGGCUGGGCCAACGCCAGCGACGCCGUGGAGAUCCUGUGCGUGUCCUUCCUGCUCCCAACGGCGCGCUGCGACCUGCACCUUUCCACCGCCGACAUGGGCUGGCUCACGGCGUGCAUGUUCAUCGGUAUGAUGGUGGGCGGUUGCGUCUGGGGUGCCCUGGCGGACUCGAGCGGCCGCCGCAAGGUGCUCGUCUACUCGCUGGCCGUCAACGGCAUCUUCAGCGCCCUCUCCAGCCUCGCCCCCAACUUCCUGCUCUUCCUGCUGAUGCGCCUGGGUAGCGGCCUGGGGGUGGGGGGGUCUCUGCCGGUCAUCUUCUCCUACUUCUCCGAGUUCCAGCCACGGCGAUGGCGCGGCGCGAUGGUCAGCGCACUCGCCACGUUCUGGAUGGGAGGAAACAUCCUGGCGGCCGGGCUGGCGUGGUUGAUAAUCCCGCUGCCGGCGCUUGACGUGUGGAGCUGGCGCGUGUUCGUCGCCGUCUGCUCCGUGCCAAGCCUCACGUCCAGCGUCGCCUUUGCAUGCUGCCUCCCCGAGAGCCCCAAGUUCCUCAUGCAGACGGGGCAGGAGGAGGCGGCGCUCGCCGUAUUUCGCAGGAUCUUCACUCACAACCACCGCAGCAUGCCUGGCGCUCGCAGGACCUUCCCGGUGAGCCGGCUGGAGGUGAGCAUCUCGGACCGGCACGCGGUGAGCGUCCCCUUGGGGAUCCUGGCACAGGUGGCGUACUACUCGCGCAUGAUGGUCGGCCGCCUGCGCAAGAUGUUCUGUGGGUCACUUGGGAGGCGCAGCUGGGCGCUCUCUGCCAUCUUCUUCUCAAUCUCCUUCGGGUACUAUGGGCUGUGGAUGUGGCUGCCUGAGUUGUUCAGGAGGAGCGAGGAGUACGGAGGCUCUCCCUGCUCUCCUCCCCGCGGUAACCACACGGAUGUUGCCAGUACAGGCAACUGGACAUUCUGUUACCCCGUCAAGACAAUCGUGUACAUGGACGGGUUCAUCACAGCCGCUGCCAACCUCCCUGGGAACAUCCUCAGCAUCCUGCUCAUGGGCCGUGUAGGGGGGCGGCUGCUGCUGGGGGCAAGCCUGCUGCUCUCCGGAGGCAGCGUGUUCCUGCUGUGGGCUGUGCGCACGCGGCUGCAGAGCUUGGCUGCAGCGUGCCUCUUCAGCGCCAUCUCUGUGGUGGCAUGGAAUGCGCUGGAUGUCAUUGGCAUCGAGAUGUACCCCACCAUGCUACGGUCCAGUGCGCUCGGAGUGUUCACCGGGGUGGCACGCAUCGCUGCCAUACUUGCCAGCCUGCUGUUCGGCGCGCUGCUGGAGACCAGCUGCACCGUGCCCAUCCUGCUCAUCGCUGCACUACUCGUGUGUGGCAGCGUCGUGGGCUUGUGCCUGCCUGAGACCAAGAACUCAGAGCUGCAGUAGGGAAGGGCAGGGCGGCGUGCCUUCUACACCAAUCACUUGCACUUUGUGACCGUUGUCAGAUUUCCACUUUUGUAAACUUGACACUCGUUUUUACAUUCCAUGUAAAAUAAAAUCUGAGUGAAUGCGUCGAGACU